AUGCCCCCGCCCUUGAGGUACACUCUCGAGAAACCUGAGCCAAAAGAUCUGCUUGAUCUGAUAUUGACCAUCAUCUCGGUGUACGAAAAGGUCUUCAUUGACUUGGACGGGCUUGACGAACGUGGAGACAACGUGGCGGAAGUAGCUGAAGCUAUCAAAUUCCUUUUCGAGGCAUCGUCAUCCGCCAGCAUUGCAGUGUUCAGCCGAGACGAGCCGGAAAUUAAAGACGAGUUCGCAGCUGAGUUCGCUCAUAUCGAGAUUGCGGCUCAUACAGAAGACCUCGAUAUCUACAUCCGUGCCGAGAUGGCCCAUAGAAGACAACCGCACAAUCUCAGCAUCCAUAAUCCGCUAUUUACCGAAGAGAUCCGGGAUUAG